AUGAGCUUUCUAUUUGGAAGCCGAUCAAACAAAACCUUUAAGCCAAAGAAAAAUAUACCGGAGGGAACUCAUCAGUAUGACCUGAUGCGUCACGCGGCGGCUACACUGGGUUCAGGGAACCUGCGGCUGGCCGUCAUGCUGCCCGAGGGAGAGGAUCUCAAUGAAUGGGUCGCUGUUAACACGGUAGAUUUCUUCAACCAAAUCAAUAUGUUGUACGGAACCAUCACGGAGUUCUGCACGGAGGAGUCGUGCGCCGUGAUGUCCGCGGGACCCAAGUACGAGUACCACUGGGCGGACGGACACACGGUCAAGAAGCCCAUCAAGUGUUCCGCGCCCAAGUACAUCGACUACCUCAUGACGUGGGCGCAGGACCAGCUCGACGACGAGACGCUCUUCCCGUCCAAGAUAGGAGUGCCCUUCCCCAAGAACUUCCUCUCGAUGGCCAAGACGAUCCUGAAGCGUCUGUUCCGCGUGUACGCGCACAUCUACCACCAGCACUUCCCCGAGGUGGUGCAGCUCGGCGAGGAGGCGCACCUCAACACCUCCUUCAAACACUUCAUCUUCUUCGUGCAGGAGUUCAACCUCAUCGAGCGACGCGAGCUGGCGCCGCUGCAGGAGCUCAUCGACAAGCUGACCGCCAAGGAGGCGCGAUAG